CAUCCCGUCCCGUUCCCGGUGCCGGGCGAGGGCAGCCGGACGCAGCCAUGUCGCACGGGGCGCGAGUGAUCCGCACCGGGGUGAGCAGCGGGGACCCCGCGGCCCCGCCGCCCGUCACCGUCGCCUCCUCCUCGGCGGGCUCGGACGCGGAGCUCAUGGACGGCGGCUAUUUCCGCUCCUGCGCCGGCAUGCUGAAGGUGGCCCAGAUGAUCUCACUGCUGAUUGGAUUCAUCAGUGUAAAUAAUUCUUCAUGGACAGAUUACAGUGCAUACAGCUUCUUUCAGAUUGUCACCAUGUGCGACUUGGUUAUGAUUUUGUUCUUCUACAUCAUGCACAUUUUCAGAGUCUACAGGAAGCUGACUUGUGUUAGCUGGCCACUUGCGGAGUUUCUUCAUUACUUAAUUGGUACUAUUCUGCUUCUCAUUGGAUCGAUUGUAGCAGCAGCCAAGAGUUACAAUAUAACUGGACUUGUGGCUGGAGCGACUUUCGGGUUCCUGGCUACAAUACUUUGUGUUAUAAGCAUGUGGUCAUCCUACAAGGUUUCAUGCAUCACACAGUCAACAAAUGCAUCUGUGUGACUCCAUCACCUGUGCAAGACGUCUGCCUUACAAAACAGGAUACCAAAGAGGAGCGUCCACUACUGAGGAGAGAGCCAAGGGUAUUUUGUUACUAGCCUGGACAAGCUGGUAGCCUUUGGAAGAUCUACUUGAAUGCCUAUGCAAAACAAUGUUGUGAACCAAAGUUUUUUUGCUCGCCCCACCUUCCCCCACCCAAAGAAGUUUAUAAUGGAGAACCUGCUUGUUUAGGAGAAAGACAACUUCUGUCUCUUAAGCUGGGCUGUGGCCAUUUCCAGCUAUUUGUAGUAAGUGUAUUUAAAACUCAUUUGGACAGUCAUUUGGUUCUUCUUUCAGAGGGAUGGAAAAAUUCCUUCUGAUUUCCUCCAUCUGUUUACACAAGGGAAAUCCUGCAAAUUCCUACCUGAUUCUUAACUUCCAAGGAUUAUAUGUUUAACAAAGGAACAGUUACAAACUAAUUUGUGCCUGGAUAAGCUGGCCCAAGCCUUUGUUACCUCUUUCUAUCACAACUGUGGACUUUUUCUAACAUCAGCUCAGCCAGCAUCAAAAAUUAUGAACUGCAACUUGAAAACAUCACUGCAAACACUUCCUCCUAUCCCCAACAGUACACGAUGAAAUCAGGGAUUUUCUCCAUGAAUUUUUAGCUAUCAAAGAUUAUUCUUAAAAAGUUCCCUUACCAAAUACAGGAAAAUAUGUGCCCAAGAACAUAGAUUUAAUAUUUUAUGGGGUCUUUUUGUUUCUCUGUUUCAUAGUAAGUCCACUUCUAUAGAAAAUUUCUAUGCAUUUGCUAUAAAUUAUUCACUUUGUAAUCUAACAGCAUUUAUGGAAAGUCCACUGUGAAUGGAGCAUGUGCUUCUUUCUCUCGCUUACAUGUGGUUUUGUCUUCCUCUGCCUCAGCUGGAAUUUGUGCUCCUGGGGACUCUGCCCAGAGCCUGGACAGACAGAACAGUUCAGUUUUGUCCAACCUGGUAUCAUCAUGAUAUUCUAUGUAACGUCAGUGCUGAGACAAUGCCUUCUUGGCACCUUUAUUUUUACUUUUGCAAUCCAUCUGUGGUGAGCUGGGAAUUCUUUGCAGGAAAAAAGGAUGCGUGGGCCUCUCUUCCUCCUUGGUGCUUCUCCUUUCAUGCCUAUCUGUGAAAUAGAACUUGGUUUAUUCUGUCAAGAUAACUGCAUGAUGGUGCAGCAGAAGUGGGGUUUAUACAGUUUAUCAGGGACAGUCUGGGAAAAAAAAGCAUUUUCUGGCCUGCUAUAUAUUUUUCUAUUUGUCUGAAAUUCUGCACCAAUACUGCUAAGUCAUUUAAUGGUUCUCUCAGAAAAUUAUUUUUGUGCCUCAUGGCAGGUCAACAUAUAUUGCUAUUUGUUGCCACCUUUUUUGUUUUCCAUCCAAAUAUAUGUAUCUUUACUUAGAAUUUAUUUUUAACUCUGACAACAGAAAAUUGGCCAACUGCUAAAGUGUCAAAGAUUUUGAGUAAGUAAAUGAAAAUAACUGAGCAGCUAACUUGAAGAGGUAAGAAUCCCCCUCCUCAUGGUGCACAGUUUCUGUGAUUGUUUUUGCUAUUCCUUUUCAGAAGUGCCCUAUUUAGAGCAACACAGAGCAGGAAACAAUUUGAAAGCACAAAAUUCUGCUUUUAAUGGAUUAAGGUACAUGCCUUCACUUCAAGAUAAAGUGUUUCAACAUUAGUACAGAGGUUUAUUCAAAUAAACCAUAUAACAGGCAGGUAUAUUGUUACUAAUUUCAUAUUGGCUAUUUCUUAUUUUUCUACAAUGUUCAACUUCUGCCCCCUACCUUCAGAUGAUAUGUUUUGUGUUUAGUCAGGAAUGAGCCAUUUUUUUCUUUUUAACAACCAGAAGUCAGCAUGGCUCAAAGGCUCUCUGGGUUAAGAGAACAAACAUUCUUCUCAGCUGGGACUCCAUUGGCAGCAGUGUCAGUGAUAGCUCAGCCUUCCUUGCACUGCCAGCACAGGACCAGUCAAAUGGCCUUACGUGACAAGAGACUUUGUUCUGGACACUUUGAGUGAAAAUACCUGCAGAAGAAGGUACUCACACACACACACACACAUAUGUGUGUGUCUAAUUUUAUGCAACAGGGUGCUUGAUCACUUGACUUUACAGUUUUUGGAAACCAGCACUCUGAGUUUAAUUUGGACUGAUAUGACAAAUGCUUAAGGAUAGAACCUCUCCCAUUCCCCUAGAAGAAAAAGACUGUUAUUUCUCCUUCACCUCCCGAGGUAUCACCUCAGAUUGACAGUAGGAACCUUCCCACAAGCUUUAAGCCCACUUGGCAAUCCUGUGGCAAGCCAGUGAUCUGCUGCAGACAGUGUGAAUGCAGCUGAGACCUCAGCGCUGCAGUGGCAGUGGGGAGAAGCACCUGCUAAGGAUUGAGGCUGGAGCCUGAGCUUGCUCUGCAGAAAAGGCUGCUUCCACUUUCUCCUGUAACCAUGGCCCCAUCUCCUGGCACUAUGCUAGCUUUUUUUUUCCAGCCUGUCACAUCACUCUGUCAGUUGUCACCAUAUGGAGAAAAAAAAAAGGACAAGGGGAAUUUCAUGCAGUCUAACAACCAAAGAAUUUCUGAACUACGUUCUGUGAUCAUCCAAAGAAUGUGUUUUGCUGUAAGUGCACUUGCUUAUACCGAAUCAAGAGAUGUAAGUUACCAGUUCCCUUUUGGUUUUUGUGCCUACUGACAGGGCUAAAAAUUCCUGCAGCUUUGGCUGUUGUGACAGUGCUGGGUCCAUAGACCCACCAGAUGCUCCUAGUCAGGAUGCUCUCAGGCUGGAAGACUGACAUCUCUGCUGCCAAAGUUUCUUUGCUUUCCCCAAAUCCUCCUUGUCUACCAAGAAAAGCACAGAUUUUCUGUUAUCACCAGCUCCACCGGGGGGGUCGUUGAAUGACAGCUCCGUCUGGCAGGGAAUUCGACACCUCUCUGCUGUACCUCUGCCAGCAAAAGUGUUUUAAGUUUCCUUCAGUGUCAACCUGGUUCUGAAAGCUCCAUCUGUCUGCAGCUUUGUCAAAUAUGGGAUUCCAGCUGUUUUAGAAAUAAACUCUGUUAGCUAUUUGGGUGAUUGGAGAAUCA